GUCAACUGAUUAGUUGAUGAUUGGGAGAGGCGGGUCUUGGGAACCGUCUCAUGGUUGGGGGGUGGGGGGGAAAGAUGGCGGAGCUGAUGCUCCUCAGUGAGAUUGCAGACCCGACGCGUUUCUUCACCGACAACCUGCUGAGCCCGGAGGACUGGGACAGCACCUUGUAUUCUGGCCUAGAUGAAGUGGCCGAGGAACAGACGCAGCUCUUCCGUUGCCCGGAGCAGGAUGUCCCGUUUGACGGCAGUUCCCUGGACGUGGGGAUGGAUGUCAGCCCCCCUGAGCCCCCGUGGGAACUCCUGCCCAUCUUUCCAGAUCUUCAGGUGAAGUCUGAGCCAUCUUCCCCCUGCUCGUCCUCCUCCCUCAGCUCGGAAUCAUCACAUCUCUCCACAGAGCCCUCCAGCCAGGCUCUUGGGGUAGGAGAGGUGCUCCAUGUGAAGACAGAGUCCUUGGCACCCCCACUCUGUCUCCUGGGAGAUGACCCAACAUCCUCGUUUGAAACCGUCCAGAUCAAUGUAGGCCUCACCUCUGAUGAUUCCUCAGAUGUCCAUACCAAGAUAGAACCUGUCUCUCCAUGUUCCUCCAUCAACUCUGAGGCCUCCCUGCUCUCAGCCGACUCCUCCAGCCAGGCUUUUAUAGGAGAGGAGGUCCUGGAAGUGAAGACAGAGUCCCCAUCUCCUUCAGGGUGUCUUCUGUGGGAUAUCCCAGCCCCAUCACUUGGAGCUGUCCAGAUCAGCAUGGGCCCAUCCCCUGAUGGCUCCUCAGGGAAAGCCUUGCCCACCCGGAAGCCGCCACUGCAGCCCAAACCUGUGGUGCUAACCACCAUCCCAAUGCCACCCAGAACUGUGCCUCCCAGCACCACUGUUCUUCUGCAGCCUCUCGUCCAGCCACCCCCAGUGUCCCCAGUUGUCCUCAUCCAGGGUGCUAUUCGAGUCCAGCCUGAAGGGCCAGCUCCCUCUCUUCCACGGCCUGAGAGGAAGAGCAUUGUUCCUGCUCCUAUGCCUGGAAACUCCUGCCCUCCUGAAGUGGAUGCAAAGCUGCUGAAGCGGCAGCAGCGAAUGAUCAAGAACAGGGAGUCAGCCUGCCAGUCCCGGAGAAAGAAGAAAGAGUAUUUGCAGGGGCUGGAGGCUCGGCUGCAGGCGGUACUGGCUGACAACCAGCAGCUCCGCCGGGAGAAUGCUGCCCUCCGGCGGCGGCUGGAGGCCCUGCUGGCUGAAAACAGCGAGCUCAAGUUAGGAUCGGGAAACAGGAAGGUGGUCUGCAUCAUGGUCUUCCUUCUCUUCAUCGCCUUCAACUUUGGACCUGUCAGCAUCAGUGAGCCUCCUUCAGCUCCCAUCUCUGCUCGGGUGAACAAGGGGGAGCCUCGCCCCCGGAGACACUUGCUGGAGUUCUCAGGGCCAGUUCACAGAGUUGAACCUCUCCAGGGGUCCUCCCAUAGCCCUGAGGAGCCCCAGCCUAGCCCCGAAGACCAGCCCAGAUUCAGGAACCUGACAGCCUUCCCUGGGGGCGCCAAGGAGCUACUACUGAGAGACCUAGACCAGCUCUUCCUCUCCUCUGAUUGCCGGCAUUUCAACCGAACCGAGUCCCUGAGGCUUGCUGACGAGUUGAGUGGCUGGGUCCAGCGCCACCAGAGAGGCCGGCGGAAGAUCCCUCAGAGGGCCCAGGAGAGACAGAAGUCUCAGCCACGGAAGUCACCUCCAGUUAAGGCAGUCCCCAUCCAACCCCCUGGACCCCCAGAAAGGGAUUCUGUGGGCCAACUGCAGCUAUAUCGCCACCCAGACCGUUCACAGCCAGCGUUCUUGGAUGCAAUUGACCGACGGGAAGACACAUUCUAUGUUGUCUCUUUCCGAAGGGAUCACCUGCUGCUCCCAGCCAUCAGCCACAACAAGACCUCCCGGCCCAAGAUGUCUCUGGUGAUGCCUGCUAUGGCCCCCAAUGAGACCUUGUCAGGCCGUGGGGCCCCGGGGGACUAUGAGGAGAUGAUGCAGAUCGAAUGUGAGGUCAUGGACACCAGGGUGAUUCACAUCAAGACCUCCACGGUGCCCCCCUCGCUCCGAAAACAGCCAUCCCCCACCCCAGGCAAUGCCACAGGUGGCCCCUUGCCAGCCUCUGCAGCCAGCCAGGCCCACCAGGCCUCUCACCAGCCCCUCUACCUCAAUCAUCCCUGACCUCUGCCAUUUACACUGACUUAGAACGGGGUGUGAGGGGACAGGGCGGGUACUGGGUGGCCAGGUGGGACUGUUUCAAAUUUCCCUGAUCCCCAGGCUUGGGGCAAUUGGUAAAGGAAAAACCAGGUGUGGGGGUUAAGCACUUAUUUGAGGUGGGGGUAUUCACCUCUCUUCUCGUCCCUUUUCAGAAUAUAGGGCUCCUCUCAUUCCUAUGAACCCCCAGUCCCGGCUUCUUUCAUUGAGGGGAUUGUGUGAGGUUCAGUUGCAGAGUGGGUGGUGGGCUGCUGCAUACUCUUUAUUUUGUUGCUCUGUUUUGGCAGGUGGAGGUGGGAAUUUAGUCCCCAGGUGGGACAAGGGAAGUUUUUGCAUUUUGGAGCUAGUUACUGGGAGUUAGGGAGGGUGGCAGGGGGAGUACAGGUUUAUGUGUGUGCAUUUCUUCUUUUUUUAUUGUUAAAUAAACAACUUGGAGGGAGUUAAAGGAA